AUUCAUACAACACAUAAUGUCUGACGACUUAAUCGACUUGUUUAGCAAGGUCGGAUUUGGCGAUAACAAAUCAAAGGAAAUUGUCAAGAACAAGAAAGUUUCCACUUCACUUUAUGAAAUUCUUCAUGACGAAGCUAAUGCUGACUCAUACAACGACAAACAAUUGGCACUUUUGCAUCAAUUAGCCGUUGAAUCCAAGGGCGCCGCCAUUCCUAACCGUAAGCUCAUCACUGAUGCUAUCUUAGAUGGCCGUGUCAAAACCAAUUUACAAAUCCUGGAAGCUGUCAAGUAUUUGAAAUCUCAAGGUGAAUCAGAUGUCAGCAUCGACAAGUUUAAUGAAGUGGCUGGUGUUGGCAUUGAAUUGAGUGAAGCUGAUGUUAAGGCGGAAAUUGUCAAGUACUUGGAUUCAAUUAAGGACGAAUUGGAAUCAAAGAGAUACUCAAUCUUACCAAAGGUUCUUGGUGAAGUCAAGAAGUUGCCAAGUCUUAAAUGGGCUGCUCCUAACUUGUUCAAACCCACAAUUGAUGCCUUAUUCUUGGAAAAGUUAGGUCCUAAGGAUGAAAGAGAUGUUGUCAAGAAGGAAAAGAAGCCAAAGGCUAACGCUGAAGCUGCCGCCAAGAAAGCAGCAACCACUGCUGUUGAACAUGAACGUUCUAUGUUCUCUGAGGGUUUCCUCGGUGACUUACACAAACCAGGUGAAGAACCUCAAAUGUAUCCUGAAUUACUUGGUCCACACCGUGAUUUCAUCAAGGGUAAAGUUCACACUCGUUUCCCACCUGAACCAAAUGGAUUCCUUCACAUUGGACACUCCAAGGCUAUUAUGGUCAAUUUCGGGUUUGCUCAAUUCCACAAAGGUAACUGUUAUCUUAGAUUCGACGACACUAAUCCUGAAGCCGAAGAAGAAGUUUACUUCAACUCCAUCAAAGAUAUGGUUGCAUGGUUAGGAUAUGAGCCUUGGAAGAUCACCUACUCUUCUGACUACUUUGAUCAAUUGUAUGAUCUUGCCGUCAAGCUUAUUGAAAGUGACAAGGCUUAUGUAUGUCAUUGUACUGCUGAUGAAGUCAAGGCUAGCCGUGGUAUGAAGGAAGAUGGUACUCUUGGUGGAGAAAGAAAAGCAUGUGCCCACAGAUCUCAAUCUAUUGAACACAACUUGAAAGAGUUUACCAAUAUGAGAGAUGGUAAGUAUAACGUUGGAGAAGCCACCCUUAGAAUGAAGCAAGAUUUAGAAUCAGACUCUCCACAAAUGUGGGAUUUGGUUGCCUACAGAGUUUUGAAUACUCCACACCACCGUACUGGUGAUAAAUGGAAGAUUUAUCCAACCUAUGAUUUCACCCAUUGUUUGGUUGAUUCUUUUGAAAACAUUACUCACUCGUUAUGUACUACUGAGUUCAUCUUAUCUAGAGAAUCAUAUGAAUGGCUUUGUGAUACUCUUCAUGUUUAUCGUCCACCACAACGUGAAUAUGGUAGAUUGAACAUCACUGGUACCAUCAUGUCCAAGCGUAAGAUUGCCAAGCUUGUCAACGAAAAAUACGUCAGAGGAUGGGAUGAUCCUAGAUUGUACACUUUGGAAGGUAUUAAGAGAAGAGGUGUUCCUCCAGGAGCUAUUUUGUCAUUUAUCAACACCUUGGGUGUUACCACUUCCACCACCAAUAUUCAAGUUGUUAGAUUUGAAAGUGCUGUUCGUAACUACCUUGACCAAACUACUCCUAGAUUAAUGAUGGUAUUGAACCCUAUUGAAGUUGUCAUCGACAACUUGCCUGAAGAUUUCUCAUUGGAUAUUGAAAUUCCAUACAAGCCAGGUAAGGGAGAAGAGAAGUUUGGUUACCGUAAAGUAAAAUUCUCCAACAAGAUCUACAUUGACGCUAAUGAUGUACGUUUUGAAGCUGCCGAUUCCAACUAUUUUAGAUUAGCUCCAGGCCAACCUGUUGGUUUAAUCAAGGUUCCAUACAACAUUAGUUUCAAGUCGGUUGAAAAAGUGGGAGAUAUUACUCGUGUUCAUGUUAACUACGAAAGUGAAAAUCACAAGAAGCCAAAGACUUAUAUCCAAUGGGUUCCUCAAGACAGUGCUAUCCACAUUAAUCAAGUCCGUAUUUACAAUCAAUUGUUCAAUAGUGAAAACCCUCUGGCUCAUCCAGACGGAUACUUGAAGGAUAUCAACCCUGAUUCUGAACAUGUGAUCACCAAUGCUGUAGUUGAACCAAGUUUCAAAGAAGUUGAGGCUAACUCACCAUUGAAUAUUGAAAUUCCUGGUAGUGACUUCAAUAUCAAGGAAGCCAAGGGUGCCAACACCAUCAGAUUCCAAGCUUUGAGAGAAGGUUAUUUCUGUGUGGAUAAAGACAGUAGUUCUGAUAAGUUAAUUUUGAACAGAAUUGUCACUUUAAAGGAAGAUGCUGCAAAGAAGUAGAUCUAGAAGUUAAGUAGUCACAAAUAAACGAUUUCCUUGUAC